AUGGAAUGUCCAAAAGAAUCCCCUUAUGGUUGUAAUCUUCUUAGGUUUAGUGCCAAGGACUUCUUGGCAAGACUGAGAGACACAGAGGGAUCCCUCAUUAUAGAAGGAGCUUGUGGUUACGGAGAUCUUCACAAAGCUAGCUACGGAAAGCACAGUGUUGGAUUAAGCACGACUUUGUUCAACAGAUGGACUACGUGUUGGGCUUGCUACGAGAUCAGAUGUGUUGACCAUAUCUUGUGGUGUGUGCUUGGAAGCCCUUCUCUAAUUGUUACCGCCACUGAUUUCUGUCCUCCUAAUUACGGUCUCUCAGUUGAUUAUGGUGGCUGGUGUAACUUUCCAAGACAACAUUUUGAGUUGUCACAACCUGCAUUUUCUGAAAUUGCCAAAACAAAAGCCGAUAUUAUUCCGGUUCAGUAUAAACGAGUGAAGUGUGAAAGAAGUGGUGGGAUGAAGUUUACAAUGAGUGGAAGUUCUCAUUUCUAUCAAGUUCUAAUUACUAAUGUGGGGCAAGAAGGUGAAGUGUUUGCUGUGAAAGUGAAGGGAUCUAGAACAGGAUGGAUACCAAUGGCAAGGAAUUGGGGAAUGAAUUGGCACUGCAAUGUCAGCCUACAACAUCAACCUUUGUCCUUUGAGGUAACCAGCAGCACUGGAAAAACACUCGCAUCUUACAAUGUAGCACCAUCAAACUGGCAAUUUGGACAGACAUUUCAAGGAAAACAACCAUUCCAUUUGUCUUGCUGCCAGUACUUCAAACUUUUGUUAAAAUCAACAGAACCAACCAUCAUUAGCUUAACUCCACAUGCCAAACAAAUUAACCAACCUAAACCGGCAAAUGACAUUGCAAAUGACUGUACUAACAAGGCUAAAACAAAUCACAACCAUUCAAGUGUUUCCAAAUUACAACCUUUCACCAAUUAA